CUGAGGAGUUCAUAAGAUAAGAUUCAUGAAUUCCGCGGGAGGCCAGCGGGGCCCUCUCGAUCGAAGACUCCUGCUGCGGCAUCUCUGUUGUAAUCUUGGCAGAGAAGGAAUCGAAGGAAGCCAAGAAGAAAAUGCCUUGAUAACAACCCGCACAAAAAAUGAUUGGUUUAUGGCCUUUGUCACAUUUAUAACUCUUGAUUCACUGCUAUAAUAACUAAUAACUACGCAAGGAAAAACACCCAUCUACCCUUUUUCACUCCUCUUUUCUAUGCUCUAUUAAUUUGGAUCUUCUUUUAUUUUUCUGUUGAAUUCGGUUUUUCCUGUCUUCUUUUUAUCCAAUUUUCUGGGAUUAUGUGAAGGUCUACAGAAGAAGAAUAAGACAAGUGUUUUUGGGAUUUUGUUUUGCUUAUUUGAAGAUGAUGCUGCAUUAUCUUCAGCCCGCAAAGCUCCAAACCAGGAAGUGAUCUAGAAUUUAACCCUUUAACGUGGGAAGGAAAGAAUUUGCCCAGUUUGUCAUACCGUUAGGCAAUUGCAAAGAAUCUAAAUCGGAUCAAGAUUGUUUUUGAGGAUGUGUUUUCUGCACGUGAUUCUGCCACACUUGAACAUCUGAAAGAGUUGAGCUCUAGGCGUAGAGUAAUUGAGGACUCCAUCAAUCAGAGCAGCUCCAUUACUGAGGCUAUUGCAAGAGAAAUGUCUGGAGGCUUGACUUCUCGUUGUCUAAGGGACCUUCAGAAACUGGAGCAAUACUUGCCAUUAUUGGAAAACUUGAUUUUUCAUGUUGAUUUGGUCAGCAGCAACCACCAUGUUGUUCAUUGGAUUUCAGAACUUAAGAUCUGUUGGAGUAGCGCUCUUAGUUCAUCAUCUUUCUUUAACCUGAGGGGUUCAAAGCUUUUUCAAAUUGAUAAUUUACGUUAUGAGCUUGGUAUGAUCAGUUACCUUUAUGCAGCAUUGCUUCGGGAGAGGGCUGUAGAAAUUCUUCCAACUGAUUUAGUGCAAUCUGCCACUCUUUUCAGAGAAGCAGCUGGUGUUUUUCAGCAUCUCACUAAUGAGAAUUUUCCCUCAUUACAAUCUGCACAUUCUGGGGAAAGGCCACUGGAAGCAACUCCAUCCAUGUGCACUGUUAUGAGCCUAAUUUGCUUGGCUGAGGCACAGGCUAUAACCAUAAGGAAGGCUGAAGAAAAAGGAACUACUGUUGGUCUUUUGGCAAAGCUGCACUAUGGUAUUACAGAGUUACUUGGUGAAGCCACUGCUAUUCUUUAUUCAAAUACUAGAGAGUACAAAGAUGUUUCAUCGUGCUUCUUGGAAUUUAUAUCAUCUUGCAAAGCUCUACAUGAGUUAAGAAGUCUGAAAUACCUUGCCGAAGGUCUAAAGAUGGCUGACCAAGUUGGAGUUGCCAUUGGAGUUCUUUGUGAUGCAUUAAUCAAAGUAAAAAAGAAAGUUCCAAUGGAAGAAUCAUGGAGAACCAUCUUCAGAAAAGAAAUUGAUGACGCUGCAGACAUGCUACGUAAAUUUGAAAAUGAGAAUGAAUUUGUCUGGCAUGAGAAGAUCCCGGGUGGCGAUGAGUUGCCACAGCCACAAGGUAACAAGAUUGUCAAUGCCAUACCUUACCAUCCCAAAAGAUGGGAGAGAGAACUUAGUUUCAAGAUUUAGAUGUGCAUAACUUUUGUAUUGUAAAGCUAUCUUAGUUUUGGGUGUUGAAUGGUCACAUGCUUCUUGAGCUGCCUCUCCUUAAUGUGUGCAGAAGGAGAGGUGUAUAUUAUUGGUUAAUCUACCAACAAUUUUUUUUUAAUUUAAGUUGUCUAUCGAAACAAGAGAUUAGGGUUUGUUAAAUGCUGAAGGGGUAAGGUUUCACUGAGUCUUUGAGUUGUAUUUUUUGAAGGCUUUUGUAAGAUUUGAUAGAUUAUAUUAUACUACUAUUAUCAUAGCAGUAAAGCGAUGACAGUAAAAUUUGUUAUAAUUUUCAGUUCCCAACAGCACAGCUCAGCAAGAAAUAAACUUUUUUCUUUAUGAGAUUUCGCCUAGCAAUUAUUGUUUUUGAAAAGUUUUAUUUUUAAAAUAUAUAAGAGAAGAAAGAAAAUAGUUGAGAGAGUGCCAAGUGGCGGAGUCAAAAACAUUAGAGCAAAUGAUUGCCACUGAUAGGCAGUUUUGGGUUGGUUAAAGAAGCGCCAUGACACGACACAGGACAUAACAACUCCCAGACCCAGUUCGUGGGAACAUUCCAAAGCAUUAAACUUGAGAAGCAACCCACCAUGGCAGUUCAUUGUCACUCUGUUCCUUUCUCUUGCAAAACAUGAAGAAGCAGAGCCCCCAAACCCUUAUCCACACUCUUACCCACCCGUCUCUUCUCAGUUCCUCAAGCCCCAUUUAGCUUCCAUUCACAUGCAUUAAGCUCUCAACAUGCAGGUAUUAAUUACACAAAGCCUCGAUGAUCACUGCCAUUUGAAAACUUUAAAACUGCUCUCAGGAAUGUCCCCAAAUCUU